CGUGACUGCUGCCCAUCACCUAUCAGAUGCAUGAGUCAUGGUCCAGCUCGGUAUAUCGAUAAGGUUGGUGGGGAAGCACCCGACCCUUGUAACUCGUGCGGCGGAGGACAUCAUCUGCCUGGACAGCCGCAUGAUGCACAUCCACCUAGGCCCUCCGCCCUGCAUUAUUAUCCUCCCGUGACACACGCACGUCAACGGCUCGCUGCACGCCACGCGCCUUUACCUUCAUCCUGCAAACGCCUUUGCACUUCACGAUUCUCCGUUCACCUUACGCCGCGUCUCCACGAACGAUACCCCGGCCCCCACAUUACUCCAGCCAAACACCGAGAAGCAGGGUUCAGUCUAUACCGCGGUUCGCCAAAACUACGGGAACACGCAGCAGUCCACCAAACACGUGAACUCAUAUGGAGAUAUUUCCGACACGGCGGUAGGCGCACGACCUGCCUGUAGUCCGUGAACAGGCGCGUCGACUACCGAAACAGUCGCCAUGGCCUUCUUUUCGGCAGUGUCGAGCUCGAUAGGCAAGAAGCUCCUGCUGUAUGGGCUACGGCACAUCGAUAUUCUCGACAAGGACCCCGCCGAGUUCGUAAGCGUCGAUGUCGGCAAGAGGACUACGCUCGAGGUCAGGGAUGUUGGACUGCAUGUCAAGAAACUUGUAGCCCUGCUACAUCUCAAGUUACCAGCCGAGGUCCACCUCUCGUCAGCCAAGGCAUCGCUCCUCCGAGUCACCUUUGUCCUCGACUUCGGCGUUCCACAGAUAUCGAUAGAGGUGGAUGGGAUACAAGUGAAGGCCAGUCUGGUCGAGGAAGCCGAAGACGCCACGACUGGACAGGAUAACAAGCCCUCGCCGCAUCGAGCCCGGUCGUCUUCCCCUCGAGACAGCCUGGGAGACAUAGCGUCAGACGUGGAGGAGCACGUGCCCACUGUCGAUGACCUUGCGAAGUCUUUCAUACGAGAGGAACCCGCCGAGGAGAUACGGGAGCUUGCACAAGAGCUGAAAUCCCAACCGAGCUAUAUGCAGGAGUCUAUAGCUUCGAGCGAUGACGGUGAAGAGGAGGGUUCGGCAGGCGUAGGCGCGCCCCUUGGACUUCCGGCCUACUUGCGGACCAUACUCAACACCGCACUCGAUCGACUCAGUAUCGUGGUCAACAACAUCGACGUGGAAGUGGAGGAUCACACGGAAAUCGAAAUAUCGAGCUCAUCGAAGCCUGGCGAAUCAUCUCCGGUCUCUCUCAACUUCCACAUAGAGCGCAUCGGCAUUGACUCUGUGACUUCAGAAGAACCAAACAUCGACGUCAGCUCAGCUUCAAAGCCACAGAGUGAUACUUCGAGAGUUGGAAAGCGGCGGUUGCGGAUCGAGCAUAUAUGCGCCAGGCUUGUGUCUGAUGCUGAGAGCUUUAUCUCGAUGUCUCAAAACUCGCGGCCGUUAUCACCAGAGACCACGCGCUCGGAGGCCUCCACCGGCCACAGAUCGAAUCAUGAGCGGCCUACGAGCGCAGUGCUAUCACCCACGGAGCCCGAAGCACCGCCACCUCGUAGGGAAGAUACGCUGCCCGUCCUCCUUGCAGAAUCUACUACCUCUCUAGCAAACAAGUCAAUCGAAAAGCUGGGAAGCGAAGCCAACACACCAGUAGCGGCGUCUUUCCAGGAAGAAUCUCCUUUGGCGACGUCUUUCCACAAAGAGCCUCCUCUUGCAGCGUCCGUGGCGACUGUUGACGACGACAGAUUCGCCGAUGCCUCAUCUGAUGAUGGAUUGGAGCAAAGCAGGCACCAAGGCGAGCCAAGUCCGUGCGGGCACACUCUUCCUGCUGCUCCAGGGCUGAGCGGGAGCAGCAUUCUGUACGAUGAUGAGGGAAUUCUCGACUAUGCUCUGCAACACGAUAUGCUUGAUUCGAGAUUCGACGAUGGCCUGGAGGACGAUAUGCGUACUGAGGAACGGCGCCUAGAAAACCUUCAUGGAUCAGUUCCGGACAUAGAAGCUGAACUUUCGUCCCCAGCAAGCGAGGCUUCCACGUCCGCUUUACCGACCGUAUCGGGCCUAGGAGUGUCCUUUGCACAACCGCAAACGACAACCUCACCAUCACAUUCUGUAGGCCAUAGUUCGCUUCAGGAUCCAACCGAUGCAGGCGAAUUACCUAGUCAGUCGUUCACGGAAGAGCAAAGGGGGCCCGCCAGCAAUGUACAAUCGUCAGCGCCCAAUGUGGAAGCUGUGCACGAUAUGACAGGGUCAGCUUUAUCUUCUUCUGAUACGUCUGAAAGCAUGUACAUGAGCGCCAUAAGUGCCGCACCAGUUUUGUCAUCCCAGCGACACUUCCCAGGAGCCUGGGACUCCUUUUCAACCUCAAGCCGCGGCACUGCAUCAGAUCGGUCGGGAUCCGUACCUGAAGAAAUGAUAUCAGGCAGUAUCCUGCAUCCGCUCCCCUAUAUCGAGGACGGCUGCGACACGCCACGACCGGGCAGUCGCCAGAGUGCAGCCGCGACUACACCGCACUUUACUGAGAUUCAUUCUUCGGCUGGCAAUACGAAUACAGCUCAGAAGCAAGCGAAGGUCUUCUUUACUAUCGAUGAAGUCACUGUUUGGUUUCCGUUGGGACUGGAUCAAGGACGAACUUCGGAAUUUGAUUCAAGUGCUGAAUCAGCGGCCGAUGCAUCGACCAUAGGUUUUGCACCAUCAAGACUGGGCGAAGAUUCGAUCUUUGCUGAAAUGCCAGGGUCGUUCUCGAACUACGCGCACUCAACAUCAACGCGCCGUACAGGUUCAAUGGCAGAAUCAUUACGAAAACCUCCCCAAUCCAAGGCUACAGCUAGUCAAUCGGCCCAGCGACCAGCGAAAGCGGCACCCUCGCCGAAUAUCAUUGUCGAUGUCGGUUCAGUGGUAGGCCACGUUGACCUGUCUACUGGCCGCAUCAUGUUUGGUAUGCUGAGCCGAGUACUCAGCGCCUUGGCAAACGAGCCCCAGCAAGGAAAGCCAACCCUAUCGCCCGAGGCUACACUCGACAACGCUGCGAGUACCGUUGAGAUUGCAGUCAAACAUGUCGGUGUGGCAUGGCUAGAGAGUGUUUUAGCUGAGUCGAUAGCGAGUGGCUUCACAACGAGUCGCAUGCUUGACCUGAAGCCAAACGAUGCCCUCCUACGAAUUAACCUUUCUGCACUCCGCUUGACAAGCCGAAGCAGCAUUGAAACAAUGCGCACGAAGCUGCAGAUUGAGAAGCUCGCCAUCUCGUCUCUGGGUACUGACAUCAUAUCCUUUCACAGUACGCGACCUCGGUCCAGACGCUCAGUCAGCAAUCUGUCGGAGCAACUCAGUCAUGAUGUCGAGAUCGACUAUGAGCAAGGUACGGACAAACGGGUCACGAUUGUUACUCGGCCAGUCAAGGUCACAUUUGACAUCCAACAACUUGAUGAUGCUCUGAGCUCUUUUGGUGGUUUUAGUGGUGUCCUCGAGCUCGGCAACUCGAUCAGCUCGAACCAUGCUUUGAAUAGUUCGGUCUUGACUCCAGCACGACCCAAGCCACGGGGUGUACAUUUCGGCGACUCACCGGCAGUUUCUACGUCUCCCGCCCCGACGUCCAAUAUGCCAAAGAUUCAGAUACAGUUGGGCGAAGUGGCGUUCUUACUUAAGGGUCGCAAUUGCGCUGUACAGCUUCAAACAACGACAGUGCGCAUUGCAGUUCGGCAGAGCAAUGUUCGCCUCAAGGUGUCUGAAGUGCAGCUUUCGGGGCCUUACUUGGACGCAGCGCAAAAAGACGCACCCUCACUAGUGGACGCCCGGGGAACGACUGUGAACUUUCUCUACGCACCUGAAGAAGCAGACCUCGCAAGGUUGAUCUCCAUAAUCACCCCAUCGAAAGACCCCUACGAAAACAAUGAAGACAUAUUGAUCGACACUUUCCUUCGACAACGACGCAAAGGCUCUGUUCUAAGGGUCGAAGUCAGUAGCGUAGGUGUUCGAGUGUCCGAUUUGGAGGAGAUGCGUGCUUUUGAAGCUCUUGGAGCAGAGCUCGCUCGCUUAUCCAAAGUCGCCAAAUACCUGCCGGAGGACGAUCGUCCAGGACUACUCACCCUGGCAUCGGUGCAGCAAUUGGAUGUCGGAGUUGCAAUCAACGAAAAGCUCGGGGAUGUCACAGUCGCUGUGCAAAAUGCUUCCAUCGCACACGUGGGCUUCCCGGCUCUGUUUGCGAUGGAAGUGGGUACUGCCUCGUUGAGACGAAAGGAAGAGCUUCUAGUGCACGAGGUGGUUAAGCUACGACCGCAGGAUCAGCUGCCCAUGAUUAUGGUCAGGAUGGUUGGAGAUGAGCUGGAACCUGUGGUGAAGGCAAAGCUAUUCAAUCUCUGUGUUGAGUAUAGAGUCUCGACCGUGAUGGCCGCGCUAGGCAUCGGCGAGGAUGGUACAGUCGAAGACAUUGCUGUAGGCAUCGCAUCGAGCGUGGCAACCAUCAAACGGUCCAAAUCACCGCAACCAAUUAGUCGGCAGUCAUCUCAUGCCGGCUCGCCUUCAGGUCAAGCUAUUAAGCCACUGCAGAUCGAUCUGCUGCUCAGAAGCUGCGCGAUCGGUUUGAACCCUCGCAAUGUACCGUCCAAGGGCUUAUUCGUCUUCACUGAAGCUCACUUGGCAGGCAAGCACACAAAGGACGAUUACUCCGUCCAAUUGGACCUUCGAAAAGCUUCCAUACACGCCAUCGAUGAUGUUGCACGCUUGGAAGAGGAGCAUGAGGAGGCAGCGCUUCGUAGCACAACGGCUGCAAGCCGUCACCUGCAGGAGCUGAGCCGGCUGGGUUUCGUCUCGCUCAGCUCGAUCUCCGCCGCUAAAGUUCUUGUCAAUAUUGCAGGAGAUGGCAAAGAUGCACCGCAACUCGUGAAUGUUGAGUUUAAGAACGAGCUUCUCGUGCUUGAGUCUUGCGCCGACUCUACUCAGACUCUCAUCGAUGUCUUGAACGGCUUGCAGCCGCCGACUCCUCCUUCUACAGCUGAACGGUAUCGCACAGUAGUCCCACUACAGGAGAUGAUGGAGUCAUUUACUGGUGACGCGAUACCUGCCCAAGACGAAGCUGAGGACGAUGACUUCAUGAGUAACGCCGACCUCGUGGAAGACGAAGUACCCACGAACCUCGAGUUUGUGGGAAGCAUCUACAGUCAAGAUCUACCAACCAAUGAGGAGAUGGGCGACAGUAUGCUGGAUCAGGACGACCUUGGAGCGCUAGCAACUACGCCUGUCGUAAGAGAGCGAGGCGAUCGAGGCCUCCUAGAGAGCUUCCAGGAGCUGUAUGAGGUAAACAAGAGUGAGGACAGCUUUGACUUCAGUACGGAUUACUUCCAUGAGUCGGACUCGGACCGCAAGGGCAAAGCUCGCAAGUGGGACUCCACACAGAAUCAAUACCACCUCACGAACGAGUUCAAGACUCCGGAUGCUCCGCUCAAGGUCAGCGUCCGCGACGUCAAUAUCAUCUGGAAUCUUUUCGAUGGGUAUGACUGGCCAAGGACCCGGGCCAUCAUCUCACAAGCUGUGGAUGAUGUCGAAGCUCGUGCCGACGAGCGACGACGGAAACCCAGAGAUGAAGACGAAGAUGACGAUUUCGUUGAGGAGGACUUUCUGUUCAACUCUGUAUGGAUCGGUGUCCCAAUCAAGGAAGAGAAGGGUGCACUCGCACGUCGUAUCAAUCACGACAUUGACGACCUAGCUAGUGAGACAGGAAGUUACGCUACCUCGACUGCUACUCGAUCAACCGGAGCGACUGCCCGCCCACGCAGUGCGAUAAAGCCUGGGCGUCGUCUGAAGCUUGAGCGCAGCAAGCACAAGAAGAUCGCAUUCUCGCUGAUGGGCGUUGCGGUCGACUUGGUUGUGUUCCCACCUGAUUCUGGCGAGACGCUGAACUCGAUCGAUGUUCGCGUACAAGACUUCGAAAUCUUCGAUCAUGUUCCUACCUCGACAUGGAAGAAGUUCGUUACCUGCGUCAUCCCACCUGCCCAACGAGAACUGGACAGGCCAAUGAUCAAUCUGAAUCUCCUUACCGUUAAACCCGUUACCGACCUUGCAGCUUCUGAACUGGUCAUAAGGGUCGCUGUUCUCCCACUGCGCCUUCAUGUCGACCAGGAUGCUCUUGACUUCAUCACACGCUUCUUCGAAUUCAAGGACGACUCGGUCGAGAGGCCCACCGCACCUUCUGAACAGCCCUUCAUUCAACGUCUUGAAGUCCAAGCCGUCCAACUGAAACUGGACUACAAGCCCAAGCGAGUAGACUAUGGCGGCAUCCGCUCCGGCCACACCACUGAAUUCAUGAACUUUCUGAUUCUAGACGGCUCAGACAUCACUCUCCGCCAUGCCAUCGUCUAUGGCAUCACCUCCUUCGACAAGCUCCACAAAACCCUCAACGACGUCUGGAUGCCCGACGUAAAACGCAACCAACUCCCCGGCGUCCUCUCCGGCCUCGCUGCCGUCCGACCCCUCGUCAACGUUGGCUCCGGCGUACGCGACCUGGUCGUCGUCCCUAUGCGCGAGUAUCAAAAAGAUGGCCGCAUCGUGCGCAGCCUGCAGAAAGGCGUGUACGCGUUCGCAAAAAACACAACCAGCGAAGUCGCCCGCCUCGGCGCCAAAGUCGCAAUCGGCACACAGAAUUUACUCGAAGGCGCAGAAGCCUUUCUCAACCCCAACCAGCCCACCUCUCCGCGCCGCUCACCGCGCUCCCAGCACUUAGACUGGACAGGCUCGGACCCACCGUCGCCCGACGAAGAACCACGCGCCGUCAGCCACUACGCGAACCAACCCAUCGGUGUGCGCGCCGGUCUGCGCAGCGCGGCGAGACAUCUUGAGCGCGACUUGCUUACCGCGCGCGAUGCGGUUAUUGCGAUACCUGCGGAGGUCAUGGAGCAAGGGAGCGGUGUUGGGGUUGCGCGCGCGCUGGCGAGGCAUGCGCCGACUGUUAUUCUCAGGCCGGCGGUGGGCGCGACGAAGGCAUUGAGUAAUGCGUUGUUGGGCGUGGGGAAUGCGUUGGAUGAGACGAGUCGAAGGAAGAUUGAGGAUAAAUACAAAUCGUAUUAGGUCGAGACUGUACGGGGUGAGGGAGAUGGCGUUCUUGCGUGUUUGGGUUUCAUUCCAUUUUAGAUUGUUUGCAUAGCGACGGUGCAGCACAAGGUUACCGGCGUCGCAUCUUCACU